AUGGCAUCAAGAAUUCAGGCUACAGCUCGCCAACUAUCGAAAGCUUAUAAGAAAAAGAGCAGGUUUGAUAUAGGCAUAGCUUCAGAAUUACCCAUCGCAUAUAAAAAAUUCUGGCGUGAAUGGAAGGUGUUAAAGCCAGCUGCUGUCCAUUACAUACCUCAAGAAGGAAAAUGGAAACGCGACGACCUCACUGGGGAAAUACUACCCAUUCAAAACAUCCCCAUUCCAUUGAAACACCCGGCAGAGAUUCAUGAGGGCAUAUGGGGUGGUGAGGCUGUGGUCAAAGGCUUCCAAAAACGUGAUCCUCGACGACGCAGGGUCCCACACUACUGGGUACCUGUAUUAAAGAGGACUGUAGUAAAAUCUGAGGUGUUGAACACCCACCUGUCAGUAACUGUGACUGACCGAACAAUUAGUUUGAUCAAUGAUCAUUACGGCUUUGACCACUAUUUACUGAAGACACCAGCAUGUGACUUAGUAUCCAUGUUAGCAUUGAAAUUGAAGAAGCAGAUACUGAUUGAGUUGAUGAAUGGGUGUCCUCGAUAUUCCCAUGAUCCUCAGAGGCAGCAAGAAGUAUACGAGGAGUAUAAAACUUAUUUGACAUCGUAUACUCCCGAAGAAAUAGAAUGGUAUGGAUUAUCAUGGUAUGAGGCUCUGUGCAAACUUGCUAAACAGAAAGAGGCAGCCAACAAACCUGUUCCUUUAAAAAACAUGUACAGAAAAAAUCUAGUUGAAAAAUUGAAAGCAGCAGGAAUUGAGUCGACUAAGACAUCGCCUGAAGAAAUAUCAACUACGACAUCUUGGCUUUCAAAGAUGAAUCCAUUUGGAAAGAAAGAUGAAGCUUAA